GGACCAAACACGCUCAGUAUAAAAACCCUGUUCGGGUCCAGACUCAGCUGUGUCCAUCCAGAGCUGUUCUGAUCUGCACAGGAGGGAUCAUGAAGUGUCUGCUCGCCGUUCUGCUCUGCGUGGUGCUCGCAGAGGGGAUCGUCAAGAUCCCUCUGCGGAAGCACAAGUCCAUGCGCCAGGCCCUGAGAGAGAAAGGGCUGCAGAUCCCGUACCAGGACCCGGCUCUCAAGUACCGGCCCUACGAGUUCGCCGGCUCCGCUAACAUGUACAUCAACAACUACGCUGAUACGACCUACUACGGGCCCAUCACUGUUGGAACGCCCCCCCAGUCCUUCCAGGUGCUUUUUGACACCGGCUCCUCCAACCUGUGGGUGGACUCUGUCUACUGUAACACUCAAGCCUGCACCUCACACACACGGUUCAACCCCCAGCAGUCCUCCACCUACUCUUCCACCAGUCAGACUUUCUACCUUCCAUAUGGAGCUGGAAGCCUGAACGGAGUCUUCGGCUACGACACCGUCAAUGUUGGCGGCAUCGUGAUCACCAACCAGGAGAUUGGACUGAGCACGAAUGAGCCCGGUCAGAAUUUUGUGGUGGCCCAGUUUGACGGCAUCCUGGGUCUGGCCUACCCAUCUCUGGCCGCUGGGGGAGAGACCCCCGUCGUGGACAACAUGAUCUCUCAGAACCUGCUGAGUGCCGACGUGUUUGCCUUCUACCUGUCCCGGGGCGGUCAGCAGGGCAGCGAGCUCUCCUUCGGAGGCGUGGACACCAACAUGUACCAAGGCCAGAUCUACUGGACCCCUGUCACCUCUGAGACCUACUGGCAGAUUGGCGUUCAAGGAUUCCAGAUCAACGGCCAGGAGACCGGCUGGUGCUCCCAGGGCUGCCAGGCCAUCGUGGACACAGGGACCUCCAGCCUGACAGCCCCAAGCCAGCUCAUGAGCGGCAUCAUGCAGGCCAUUGGAGCUCAGCAGAACCAGUAUGGAGAGUAUAUGGUGGACUGCAGCCAGAUCAACAACUUGCCAACUCUCAGCUUCGUUAUCAGUGGGGUUUCCUUCCCCCUCCCUCCCUCUGCCUACAUCAGUCAGCAAAACCAGAAUGGAUACGAGUACUGCUCAGUGGGCAUCACCCCCACCUACCUGCCUUCUCAGAACGGCCAGCCGCUCUGGAUCUUCGGAGACGUGUUCCUCAGAGAGUACUACUCCGUCUACGACCGCGCCAACAACCAAGUGGGCUUUGCUACAGCUGCCUAAAUGACACCGGUCUGACGGACUGAAGUUUAUGGCCACAACACACUAAUAAUGAUCGCAAACACCAGCCAUUAGUAUUCAAUACAUGGCUUUACUUUCAAUUACCAACCAAAUUGUAAAUUAGACUCCAAGCCAAAGUACUGUAUAGUUUGAAACGUGACAUUAUUCCCUGUUUGAAAACUAAUACUCAAACACUGCAUCUAAAAAAUGCAAACUGUUCCUUUAAUUCAUUCUGAAGCAGAAUAAAGGUGAAAAUAUUCACUAUAA